AUGAUUUAAGCCGAUUCCGAUUCAAGUAGAAGAGUAGCAUACUUUUAUAAUAGAUUGAUAGGGAAAUUUCAUUAUGGUAAGGAACAUCCUAUGAAACCGAAACGUAUCGCGAUGGCCCAUAGCCUAAUAGUAAAUUUUGGGUAACUAUACAGAUCAUUGGAUGUCUAUUUGAUUAGAGAAGCACAAUUAGAAGAAUUACAAAAAUUCCAUGAUCCUGAAUAUGUCACUUAUUUAAGUUAGUAUAUGAGUGAAAAUAAGGUAAACUUUGUAAAGGAAUAUUGUUCAACAAAUAACGAUGGGGUAAUACCUGAGAAUUUGUUGGAAGAGUACAGAUUAAUAACUAAAUGGAGUCAAAAUAAGAAUACUAAAAAUCUGAAUUCUGAGUACAAAGUAGGAGACUCAGCCGAUAAUCCUACAUUUUCAGGACUUUUCUCUUAUUGUUAAUUUAGUGCAGGGGCAAGUAUUGAUUGUGCCCAUACAAUACUAACCGGGUAAGCAGAUAUAGCAAUCAAUUGGUCAGGCGGAUUGCAUCAUGCUAAGAAGAAGGAGGCAGCUGGAUUUUGUUACAUAAAUGACAUAGUAUUGUGCAUUUUAGAGUUAUUAAGAAUAUAUGUUCGAGUAUUGUAUGUAGAUAUUGAUUGUCAUCAUGGCGAUGGAGUUGAAGAAGCCUUUUAUUUGACCAAUAGAGUUAUGACUUUGUCAUUUCAUUAAUAUGGAGAUGAUUUCUUUCCAGGAACAGGAUAAUUGAAUUCAGUAGGAUUAGGAGUAGGCAGAUAUUAUGCAGUCAAUGUGCCAUUAAAGCCAGGAAUAUCUGACGAACCUUACUUAGAUUUAUUUAAGAAAGUGACCAGCAGAGUGAUGGAAACAUUUCGUCCUGAUUGUGUUGUUAUGUAAUGUGGUGCAGAUUCAUUAUCACUGGAUCGAUUAGGGGCUUUGAAUUUAUCCAUCAAAGGACAUGGAUAAUGCAUUUCCUAUAUGAAAUAAUUUGGAAUUCCAUUGAUUCUUUUGGGAGGAGGAGGUUAUACAAUUUAGAAUGUGUCUAGAUGUUGGGCUUACGAGACUGGCAUAUGUUUAGGACAAACUAUUGAUUAGUCUAUCCCAUCUAAUGAUGUAUAUUACAAAAAUUAUGGCGGAGAUUAUCAUCUACACUUUCCAAUUCAAAAGAAUGUUGAAAACAAAAAUAAAGCUGAAGAUUUAAACAAAAUAGUAUCUUAGGUGUAUGAUCAUUUGCAUAACUUAGAAAAUGCACCAGGUAUUCAUUUUCAUGAUGUCCCAUAUUCAUUCUAUCCAAAUAUGGAAUUGGAGAAAGAUGAAGAUAAUAAAAUGAAAAUGGAUGUGAAAUAGGAGAUAUCUUUAUUUGAAUUGGAAAAGAAUCUAGGAAUAUCAGAUGAAGCCCAUGAAAUAUCAGUAAAUUCUGGUUCCAGAAAACUACAUUCAAAAGAAUCCUGA